GUAAACUUGCUAAAAAAUCACUGGCAUUGAAUCACCGCGAGGAACCCCCGAAUUCCCCCCGACAUUCGAUACCCCCAAUAGAUAAAACUUUAUCAUCCACAUAAUCGAGAUUACAGUUAGCUCUUCCGCUCGAGUCUCUCCGAUUGGUGUUUGUCCGCCAUCUUUUUGGGGGCACAAAGAGAAGGAGAGGAGGUGGGUGUCUAAAAAAAAAGAGUCGAGUGCCCGUGCCACCGCACGUUCGUGGGUGUUGUACGAAUAGAUCUGCUUCCACACCACAUAUUCGUCACCAGCCAAUAGUGAAACGAGUUAUUGCAUCGACGAUUUGUUUAAUCCAUUAUUAAUUGGUGAUUCGUGUGACGGUGGAUUCAGUGUGUCGUGAAGUUGUCAGAGGUGAGCAGAUCAAUCGAAUUACUCCCUGGGGAUCGUAUCACGAGCCCACAGACGAUAAUUACGACAUGAGCAUUGAGGAGUUGUUGAAAUUGAGUGAAUAAUAACGAGUGCAGGUUCGUUGGGGCUCCGGUGAAUUUCAUUUCUCGGUUUUAGUCGGUUUUGAGGUCUCGACGGGGACAACUGCGGCUGGAAGUGCCUGGGGAGUGGAAACAGUGAUUUGCCAGUGGGAAUAGGGCGAAGGAUCGGUGGAAUUGGGGAAAAAGUGGAAUUCAGGUCUCGUUGGAGUCAUUACAUCGUUCUUGAACAUAUAGAGAGAGUGACCCGGUAGGCACUCCGCGCACGAGUUGACUCUCGUCGGUCUGCUUCGAUUUUCUCCGUUGCGCGACGAUGAGUUGCCCAAGAAACGCUGGCAAGAUCACGGUGCCCGACGAUCUCAGGGACAUACUACUGGAGUUUACCAUUAGUUACCUACUCGAACAGCCCGGGGAUAUCGUUGACUAUGCCGUUGAUUUCUUCACUCGUUUGCGGGAAAAUCGACAGACAAUGUUGAUUCAGGGGAAUGCUACUUGCUCGUCUACACCCGACGAGUCUGUCGACGAGGAGCCACCAGUUGGGAGAUUUGCCUCUCGACGAAAGAGUGUUUUUGCAGAGACUUAUGAUCCUGAGGAGGAUGAGGAGGAGGAAGGUGUCAGGAUGGUGCAUCCAAAAAGUGACGAGCAGCGACAGAGGCUGAGCGAGAGUGUCAGGAAUAUUCUGCUAUUCCGUGCACUCGAUAAGGAACAAAUGACAGACGUUCUAGAUGCAAUGUUCGAGAAGAAUGUUGAACCCGGUGACUUUAUCAUUCGCCAAGGCGACGACGGCGACAAUUUCUAUGUCAUAGAGAGGGGAAAGUUCGAGGUCUACGUCAAAGGUCCAACGGGGGCUGAUACCCUCAUUCACACGUAUGAUAAUGGAGGUGCAUUUGGGGAGCUUGCACUUCUGUACAACAUGCCAAGGGCAGCUACCAUCAAGGCGAUCACCAAGGGAACACUCUGGGCCAUGGAUCGUCAGACAUUCCGACGUAUAAUACUCAAGUCUGCGUAUAACAAGCGAAAAAUGUAUGAGAUUCUGCUUAAUAAAGUUCCAAUGCUCAAGUCACUUCAGAAAUACGAACGCAUGAAUCUCGCUGAUGCACUCGUCUCGAAACCCUUCUCCGAUGGUGAACAAAUUAUUCGGCAAGGGGACACAGCUGAUGGAAUGUACUUCGUUGAAGACGGAGUCGUCAGGAUCACCAGGAUUAAUGAUAAUGGACGUGAAGUCGAGAUAAAUCGCGUUCCCGCCGGUGGAUACUUGGGAGAGCUCGCCCUAGUCACACACAAGCCACGAGCCGCCUCAGCAUACGCCGUCGGAAAUGUCAAAUUAGCCUUUUUGGACGUCGAGGCAUUCGAGCGUCUGCUCGGUCCCUGCAUGGAGCUAAUGAAGCGCAAUAUCGAGGACUACGAGGAUCAGCUGGUGAAAAUAUUCGGCAGCAAAACCGAUAUCUCCGACAUUCGAUGAAUGUAAUUCCCUACCCAAGAGUCUUCAUUGCCGCUCUACGGUAAUAACAACAAAAAAAACGGUAUAGUGACAUCAUAAUAUUAAGCACAAAAGUCUAUAUCACCCGCUUAUUGAUUUAAAAUGUGAAAAGAGCCUCAUGAAGAUUUUCUUUAUUUGAAGAAACCAAAUGUCCAAGCGAUUUCAGAGCCAAAAAAAUCCAUAGAAUGGGUCGAUGAGUGAUUGUUACGCAUAGCACACCAUUCACACGUACCCUGAAUGCUAAAAUAAUGGGACAAUGACAGUACAAUCACAUCCAUAGCUACGUGAAAGCGCACCAUCGAAAACUUUCAGCUUGAAAAAUAACGAUGAAUUAAAGAGAAAACUUCCUAAGACUGUAAAUCAGUUGGAAAGUAUUACAGUUCCACGAAUUUAUUUAAUUAUGUAGUGAGAAUUUUUAGUUAAAUCCUAGUAUUUUCGAUCGAAGGGGGAGAGGAAUGUCGAGGGAAUAAUGAAAAUUGUCCUCAUUGGUUUCAAGAGCGAGGGAGAUAGACGAAGAAAUGAACAAUUAUUGAGAGAGUAAUUAUCAUUGAAUUGAAUUACCCAUACCUCUACUCGUUGUUACGUUGGUACAAUCAUCAUUACUGAGCUUCAUAAGUAAUUAAAAGAUAUCUAACGUUAAAUAUUAAUGGAAAGAUAACAUCUCAGCAAUAGUGGAAUUAAUGUUUUGUGUGAUGUAUAUAAAUUAAGAGUGAUUAUUUAUUUAAUUGUGGAUUUGAAGUCAUCGGAAUUAACAUUUGAGAAUUAUCGGUGGGCACUAAUCAUCAGUGAAAUUGUGAAUGUAGCGAGGGAAUUUCAAGCAUUUUAAAUGUGAAAAUUUAAUUCAUUGAAAAUAAUUCGUGAAUGGACAAUUUAACUCGUUAAAUUUUACCAAUUCACUGGUGAAUUAUUCAUCACCGCAGGAUGUUGAUGUGUUUCCCUAGGUGAAUAGUCAACUUAUUUAGAAAAAUCAUCAGAUAAUAAAUCAUCCCUUCAGCCAAUGUUCUUCCCAAUCCAUCAAAUUUUUCAUCUUAAAAAUUCCACUCAUAAAUAGCAAACACAUUUGUCUCAGCAAGUGCAUGCAUAAUCCUCCGCGUUAAUUUUCCAAGACACAACGGGCUCUGUACAUAGCAUCCUGCUGAUAAUUUAUCAUAGCCUUAACGUAUGCAUUGUGUUGAACAACUCCCAAGUCCUGAAAGUAUUCCCCUGUUAUCAAUAAAUGAAGUGAAAAAUUUUAACGAUUCGAGAUCUAUUUAUAUAAUAUAAUUACUAGUAUUACCGUGCUGUCUUGAUUGCAAUUUCAACUGGUGUUUCAAUCACACGAUUUCGUUUGCAUUUCCAGUCAUCAAUGGCGAUGAGCCAUUCAUAAAUUAUCGCCUUCACGAAUUUCCAAACGUACUAUUUCGAUUAUGUUAAUAUCAGAAAAUCCAAAGUUACAUUACGUAAGAACCAAUAAUCAUUGUGGAGAGCAUAGAAAAUUUAAAAAAGAUAACUAAAAGCGCGAGUUGUAUAAAAACUCGCGCAUAUGUGUCAUUGUAGUGAGUAUUUUCUAAACGUGAAAAGAAAAAACUAAAAAAAAUGAGGUGAAAUAUUGAAGGAGAUAUGUGUGCAGGGCAGAUGUACAAGGACAAAUGGACACCUUAUUUUCACGGAAGCCAAAAAAUAAAACUUAUGCAUAAUAUCAGUAACAAUAGUCAUAAUAGUUAUAAUGUUAAUCAUGAAGUAAUGGUAAUGGUAAAUAGAAAGCAUUUCAUUCGUUAUUUUCUGGAAUAGUUGAUACAUCUGCACAAUAUUUGGCUUCUGAUGACUAUCCAGAGUGAAUCACCAAAAAUAAAUGAAACUGUUGAUUUAUCAUUAAAUGAGCAAUGUCAAAUAUGUUUGUUGUAAGACCAUAAAAGAUUCUAUUAGUGUCAAAAAGUCUAAUCUCUCUCUUAUUUUCAAUUUAUCGGAGAUGAAAGACAAUUUCCAUUGAAUAAUGUUGCUUUCAGCAAUUAAAGUGUCUCGAUGAUUUCUUUAUUAUGAAGGAAUUAUCCUAGUACUUAAUUUAUUGAAUAUAACUCAAGAAUGAGGUGAUUAUAUUCGUCCAAAGGAAUUACUGAAAUAAUCGGUGGAAGUGAAUAUUUUUCAUUAUUAAAAUUCAUUAAUAAUCACGCGCACAUGUCGCUUUGCGCCAUCAAUAGAUGAUCGUUACGUGUAUUUAAAUCAGCUGAAAUAGAUGAAAGAAAUGUUCUCUUUGUUUGUGCAAACUCUAUCGUUUAAUCAAAGCCUGAGAUAAUCUCGUCAUUUUGUUCUGAUUGAUGAAAGAAAAAUGUGAAUUAAUAGAUCAACAAAAAUUUAUAAUGAAACAAAGCUAUCGGUGCAGCUGGCCUGCCUCCAAGCUUUGGAAAUUUCAUAUCAAUCGAGAAUAUCCAAAAAUUAUAAACAUAAAGUGAAGGAAUUUACGUUGGAUAACACCAGUGGAGGGUUGCAUUGCAGUUGGAUACUGUUAAUUGAUAAUUUAAUUCUAGUCCUUAAGUUGUUCGUUAUUAUUAAAGAAUACUUGAUUAUCUGUGAAACACGAAGAGAAUAAUUGAAAUAUGUAAUAGAGAUGGAGGAAUUAUGUAAUGGCCAAUUACUGAUUAAUAUUGUAUGGCUGGCGCUACUCGGAUAUGCUACUCACGGCUUUAUCAACACCCUCUGAUGUUGUCGGAUAAUUAAUGACAUUCAUUUGGCCAUGACAAAUGUUUGGGAGGAUGAUAGUUUAUUGGUCGUGAUUCUUUGGUGAAUUGGACUGAGCUUGGGGUGUUAUUCGAGAAGCGAGGCGAGAUUAAUCAUAAGUACAUGAAAUAAAAAACUAGAUAGUGUAAUCAAAGUUGACAUAUAAUAAAUGAAUGGACCUGAAA